AUGCCACCUGCCAAAGCCAAGCCUGCGGCUUCAACACCGAAAGCAGCGCCUGCCGCCCCGAGGAAGACACGAGCGACAAGAACAGCGACAAAGCAGGAUACAGAUGCAGAUGACUUGGUUGAGGGAUUGGGUAAACUGCAGUUGGGUCAACCUUCUCAGCCCGUCAGACGGACGGUCAAAACAACGGCACAACCAUCAUCGACGACUAGCACUUCGUCCAAACCCACUAUCACAGCUAGGAAGACCACUACCACCAGCACAACAACCAAAAAACCUACAGCUUCGACUACUACUACUUCAGCCGUGGGCUCCAACGCAAAGGGUAAAUCGAAAGCUACCUCGCUGGAAGAUACUUUACCAUGGGCACGGCUAUCGUCUCCUACCGACUCCAAACCGAUGUCAGUCACAGACAGGAUCAAAGGAGCUAUGCAAGCUGUCAACGAAACGAGCAAAUCACUUUCGGCGGCUUCAACCUCUGGAUUCAGAUAUUCGACUUCAAUGAUGACAGGAAGUGAAAAAGCAGGAAAAGGAGAAUGGUCAAAUGAGAAAGUUGAUACGCUGAUAGCGAUCUGCAAGAGCGCCAUGAGAGUGUUGAGAGAAUUUGAUGAUAAGGGUCAAUUGCAAGGGAAAGGUCUUGAUGUGGAGAGGAGUUCAAGUGGGAUUGUCGUCAAAUGCAUCGCGAUUGGAAUGCAUUCACAAGCUAUGGAAUUGGUCAUAGCUUCCCGUCCUGCAUUACUUCGCCUAUAUAACCCUCGGCGCAUAUCCACUCAAACACCCGUAGCAUCAACAUCAGCCCCACCACGCGGUCAAUCAAGCUCGUCGAGAUCUACUGGUAUAGCUACCUCAAGCGCAACGUCCUCUCGCUCUCAUAACACUGGCAAAGAUUCUGCGCCAAUACCAUCAGAAAGCAUACCUAAGGAAUGGCUUGAUAUGACUAGACUACCUUCGCCAAAGGAAGUUCCGGAAUUAGCAGAAUCUUUAAGGAAUGUGCUGUUCAUGAAUUUGAUCUCGACCUGGACAUGCCUUGUAGCACUUGCCAAGGACAUCGAUCAACUGAUACCCAUCCUGGUUCAACCGAAAUCGGAUGACGAAUACCUCCAUCCCCUUACUCUGGCUCUGUCACUCCCCACACCAAGCAUAUCAUUUUACCUUCACACCUUCUACCGCCAAGUCAGCUCUCUGACUAUACCACCGACAUCCUCCGCAUACCUUCAUCUGCGGCAUCUCGCAUUACUAGCAAUGUCAAUAACCAUAUCGUCUUCGGUUGAUAGCAAGACGACCCCAACCCAAUAUUGGGACACCGUACAUCGCACGAUACUCAACUUUAUCAAGGGGGAUGAGCACAAAGAGAAGCUGAACGAAGCUGCUGAGGCCAUCGAUGGGAUAGUGGAAUUUGUAGAGGGCAUGGUACGACGGAGAGGAGACACAGGCUGGUUCGAAGGGAAAGGUUGGUUGGGAUUGGUGGAAAUGUGGAUAGGUAUAGGAAGAAGGCUUGGAGACUCUGCAAUUAUCGAUAAACCUCUGGCUCUUCUCGCAUCAUCCACGUCAAUCACUAAGUCUCCUUUAUCGCCACGUCCUCACACGCCACAAGCUGGACCAUCAACUCCUCCCUCUUCUUCGACUAUAGCGAGUAAAGCAAACAUAACCAAGACGCCCAGCUCAAGAAAUGAUGCAAGGAAGAUCAAGAACCCUGAUGCGGAGAUAGCUAGGAUAUGUGGUGAUCUUGCCAAGGCAAACUUGGCUAUUGAUAAGGCUCUGUCUUCCAAAUCCGCCUCACCUAGUACAAUAGAAUGCUUGGACUCUGAAGAGCUGCUGACACUCGCUCAUUCUAUCAACUCCUUGCUUCAAGAUGAAGAUCUACCAGCAAUGGCUGGGAAAGCUUGUAGAGCGUUCGAACGGGUCAGAAGAGGCUGUCUCAAAGUCUUGGAAGCAACGAAUGAUCCUAAGACCGGAGAUCGGUUGAAGGGCGUCACAGAGGGGAUACGGGGAUGGCUGAUCAGUUCCAUUGAGUUUUGUGAGAUUCUCGUGUAUGCCUCAAUCGUGGGCGAUGCUACAAUCAGAGAUACCAUUAUUCCGUCCUACAUGGAUACGAUCGUCCAGUAUUUCCGUCCACCUCAAUCAUACACUGCAUUCUACCCUUAUAUGUCUCGAACGCGUGAAAUGAUGGACAAGACCUCCCAAAUUGUGAAUGACACGAACAAAGCAGAGUACUUUAGGUAUUUAUCAACUCUAGCAUACAAUGCGGCCGGACAAGUCUACCGAUCGAAUCAGAACGAGCAAGCCGCUGAACUGUGUAAGAUGAGUUGCAAAUGGACGGCGAAAGCUCUCAGAUUGGUGGAAAACACAAGCAAGAAGGAUGAUAAGAGCUACACGAUGAUAAGCGAUGUGUUCAGUAGAAGGUGGGAACUGUUAGCUGGAUGCUAUCAGCGUUUAGGGAAAAAGGAUGAAAUGUUUUCCGCAUACUCAAAUGUCUUUGCUUCCCAAAGCAUUUCCACUCGCUCUCAGAUAUCCUCUUCAUCUUCCACCAAAUCGCUCAACGAGGUUUUCGGAUCUCUGACGGAAUCCAAUAACUCCCUUAAUCGCUUGGCGAGUGUGAUACUUUGGGAACCUGCGACUUACACAUCUCACGGACAGGAGCUGAUCAAGCUAAUGCAAGAGAAUUCUUGUCCACCUGCUGCUAUUGGGGCUACCGGGGAGAGAAUAUUGGCAUUGCUAGAGGAAGGGGAAUGGAAAGAUGAGGUAGCGAAGAUCAGCUUGGAUUUGGGAGAUUCUAUUUUGAGCGUUUAUGGAGAGGAUCAUCCAAUUAGAAGAACUAGAGUUCUGGCCAAGAUGAUGGGUACCAUUCUGACCUCGGGUCAUCAGAUGGAUCGAUUCCCUUCUUUAGUUGAGGAAGUAACCAAAGCAUCGUCUCAAUCUGAACUUGGCGAGGAUACCGGUUUAUUACCUUUCAAAGCGGAAUACCUAUCUUACACGUUGAUCCUCAGAGCGAUGCAGACCUACCAUGCUUCCUCUCAUCCGACUUUGGAAGUAAUAACAGCGAGUAAAGAAGCGAUUGAGAAGCUACAAUGUAUCAUUAUACCUCCCACUUCACCUGAUCAAGUUGAAGAAUCCAAGAAAAAGGUACCUCUAGGAAGAAGUACCACUACUAAAGCUGUUGGUACGAGACCGACUAGAAGCACGACGAGGACAGUCUCGGAACCCAAAAAGCCGGUUGCGAAGAAGGCAGUGACCAAGGCUUCCGCGGCUGGUGCCGCUACAAAGGUCAAACGACGGUCGAGUAUAGGCACAUCCUUGGUCUUCGACGAUUUAGCUCGAUUGACGAGGUUUCUCGGGUCGCUUGCUGCUCUGCUCGGACUAUUGGGCCAUCCAUUUCAGCAAAUUGAAGCAUUGAAACUCCUCAGAGCUUUUCAAAGGAACAGGGAUGGUUUGGUGGACGACUAUGUUUUACGAUCCGCUCAACUUGCUACGGAAUAUCAGAAAUUGGGUAAAACCUCUCGUGCGGGAUUGGUGUUUGCACAAGCUCAAAAGGUCAUCGAACAUUCUAAAAUCUUAGUCUCGCUUAAAGUGAGAGUUGAAUUGGGUUUGAGAUUCGCUUGUUACCUUGCUUUCAAGGGGGAAGUGACUAGAGCUCAGGAAGUAUAUGCCGAGGCGGCAGCUUUGGAGCUCGAAAGGGCCGAACUCGAUAAAAAUGCUAGCUUCAGUCGAAGGGUGAUAGAUAGAUGUGAACAACUAGAAAGGGCUGCAUGGGCAAGGAGGGCUGUGGCUGCUAUCUAUGCUGCUCAAGACAACGCAGCAGCAGCUAUCAUGCAUUUAUCAGCAUCUUUCCGAAUAUUCUCUCGUGCAGCGGAUGCGAUUUGUCGAAUCACAUCUUCUUCCCCCGCGUCACCCAAGUCUACUACAAAUACAGAUGACCCGUUCGGGGUACCUCUACCGCCCUCUGCGAAACCCAAAAUCGACGGCGCCGACGAACCUUCCAAGGAUUCCCAGAUAGCUCCACCGUCACAAACCACGCACUUCACGGGUAAACAUCUACAUUCAUUUCAAUGGCAUAUAGCCUCAUCGCUCCUAUCGACUACACUCGAUCUAUCUAAUGCCUUUGCCUAUCGGGGCACGGUAAGAGAUUGUGAAUAUUUCCUGCGAAUUGCGGGUGGAGUAGCUGGAGCCGUGAAGAGUGAUGUUAUUUUAGCUAGAGUCGGGGCUAAGGAGGCCGAAUUGAAUUUCAGGAUGAAGAAGUGGGAAGUGGUAGGUGAGAAGCUAGAAGGCGCAGCGAGUGCUCUCAAUGCUAUCGAAGGCCCUGAUAUGAUCGAUCUGAAUGUCCUCAAGGGCAACUUGUACUCCCGAACGGAGAUGAUCGAAGAAGCUGAACAGGUCUUUCAGAGCACUUCAAAAGAAAUUGAAGGAUUGGAUAGAGUGUUCGUGGCCAAUGAAGCUGUGUUGCCUACACCCAGGAAGAAUGCGUUGCUCGCUGCUUCCACAUCCAGCGUCAGAGCAAGUUUGACAGCUGGCAGACCCACUCAACAGGGUAAAGAACCCUUGUUGCCUUCAGCGCUGAGCCAUGUACUCAGACAAUACGCUUGGCUUCUGAAAGAAGCGGGAUCCAAAGAAGAGUGUGAAGAGUUAUUAAGCCAGAUCAAGACUUUACCAGCUUCGACUGAAAACAAGGCCGAGGAGUUACUGCUUGAGGGUCGAAUCGCACUACAUGAAGCUUUCAAUACAUUUAAGACUGAUCUUUUUAUGAGUUCUCUUACUGAGUCUGCCGUCGCCAUGCCGAUGGGCGCGCCUUUGAAACGAGUGGUGGAUCGACAAUCGACUCGUUUGAGUAUGCAACAUGUUCUCGCUCGCGCGGAAGAUGCCUUCUUGUCCGCCCUCUCACUGGUAUCCGGAAGUGGCAAGAUCGAAGGUAUUCGACAAGCUUGUCUUGCUUUAGCAUUAUUGAGGACAUUCCAAACGUCUCUUGGUCAAGGUAGUGAUGAAGUGACAGCAUCUGCUGCUGGAAUGCUCGCAUCGAGUUCCUCCAUAACCCUUCAGCGAGAACUGCUCGAAGCUAUCGAAUGUAAAUUUACAGAUAUUGUCAACGAUGACACGAAAUGGCCCAGUCUCCCAACGGAUACUAUGGACGUGGAUGAGCGCCCUCAGAUGAAUAGCUCUUCCGAAAACGAAUCGGAAGAUUUGGAUGAUCAUAAUGGCCAACUGCGAGAAUAUUGGGAUAAGAUCAAGAUCAAGUAUCUGACCAAUUCGAUUUUAACCUUAACUUCUGAACCAUCGAAAGAAUUGAAUAAUCUUCCACCUGAAUGGGCAGUAAUUACAAUCAACGUCACAGACGAUCACAACACAAUGUUUAUUUCGAGACAUCAACGCGAUUGCAAGCCUAUCGUUUUCUGUUUACCCUUAGACAGACAAGGUAGAAGGGAAGGUGAAGAUGAUUCGUUGACGUUCGAUUCGGCUUUGGCGGAACUGCAAGAUAUAAUUGAUUGUAGUAAUAAUGGUGCCAGGACUGCUAAGAAUGUGGUUUCGCGGGAAGAGAAGCUGGCUUGGUGGGAGGAACGAUAUAGGUUAGACAAGAAGAUGAAGGAUUUAUGUGAGAGUAUCGAGUUUGUCUGGCUGGGUGCUUUCAAGACGAUCUUUAGUCCUCGUCUACCUAACUCUUCAGCGAUCAUCACCGAUCUCAAAGAACGUCUGGAGAAGAUAUUCAAUUCGGCUUUAUCCUCGACUAGCGGAGGAGGAACAGCCAAAAAGGGAUCAUCUAAACCCCCGAACAGAGUUGAAUUGGACGAUGCGUUACUCCAAUGCUUCAUGAAUCUAAGUAGUAAAUGCAAAGAUGAAGAAGUGGAAGAUUUGGUUUACUUCAUUUUGGACGUUUAUCAGUUCCAUGGUGUUCCUGUUGCUUUAUCUGAAUUGGACAUUGAUCAGAUUGCUAUCGAUGUCAAAGGUGCGCUAGAGAAAAUCGAAUCUCGAAUCGCCCUUUCAAGUUUACGUCCACCCAAGGACGAGCAUCUGUUCUUGGCUCUAGACAAAAACUCCCAACCUUUCCCUUGGGAAUCUAUACCGAUUCUGAGAGGUCGACCGAUAAGUCGAAUACCGUCAUUAUCAUUCUUACUGGAUCAGGUCGCCAUGGGAAAUCAUCUACGACCGUCCUUAACUCAACCGACUUUCAACCUUGCUUCCGAAUGUUCCUCAAACGGGGCAGUCGAUACGAGACGCGCGAUCAACUCAAGGAGGACCUUCUAUAUAGUAAACCCCAGUGGUGAUUUGGAUAGGACACAACAGCAUUUCCAACCUUUCAUCGAUGAGAUGGUCAAAACUGCUGGAUGGAAAGGUAUAAUUGGUAGACCGCCAACUGAAUUGGAGAUGGCUGCUGCGUUGAAAGAUUAUGAUCUGGUUUUAUACUUCGGUCACGGUGGUGCUGAACAAUACAUCCGGUCACACAAGAUCAGACACCUGCCCCAAUGCGCGACUACGAUGUUAUGGGGAUGUUCAUCCGGUCAUCUGAAAGAGCAGGGUGAUUUGGAUAGGACGGGGACAGCUUGGAAUUAUAUGGUUGGAGGAUGCCCAUCACUCACAGCCAAUCUAUGGGACGUGACCGACAAAGAUAUCGACAGAUUAUCAUCUCAUGUCUUGAAAUCAUUACACCUCGAUUCAGCUCAUCAACCAGAGUCCAAAUCACGCUCAAACACCUUAUUGCCUUUAUCGGAACUAUCAACCGUGGCUGCUGUCAAUGCCGCAAGGGAUGAAUGCAAACUCAAGUAUCUGACGGGUGCGGCACCGGUAGUUUAUGGGUUACCUGUUUGGUUGCAUUAG